AUGUCGACAAGCAAAACUGGACCACGUCUAGAGCCGGUGUCUGCUUCGUGGAUCUCGACCUCAACGGAUCACCACGUUGCUGUAGAUGACGAUGUUGUUUCUUUGCAUGACAACCCCAAUAGGACCUCACCAUUUGACCACGACUCUGGACGAUAUGGAAACGCUGAUGGGAUAACCCAAGAGCAACCACAGGAGAUAUUCGUUUCAGAAGCAUUUUUGCAUGCGCUUACAUUCGAGGUUCCCCAAACGCCGCUUGAGUCUGAUAAAAUAUACAAAAUCAAACUUAAGCAGGAUUACUGUGGGCUUGAAUUUUUGGGGAAGAUCCCGAACUUUUCUCGACCUUUCCGCUCGCUGCCAUCAGCGCGAGCCAAAGGCAAUACACCUCCCGGAUCCCAGACCAUGGGGAAGGGGCCAAACUUUCAGGAAAGCAACGAUAAUAUAUCCUUGGUUAUGCAGGAAUCAGAGGCUCUUCUAGACCACCCUGACUCUGAAGCCCAGUCUUUAGAUCACUUCCAGAAGGAGGUCUCGAGCAGCACUUCAGACACAUCCAUGACACUACGAGAUCUUAAUGAGAAUCAUCACCAGUUAAUACAGCCAUGUGGCCAACCUCUGCUAAAUACGGCACACCCAUCCGGACCACCUCGGAUCCUCAAUCACUGUCCCGACGGUUAUCCAAAUGGUCCAAGUAAUCUAACUCCUCUCGUUUCUCCUGAGAAUCCUGAGAAUCCUCCACCGCCAGAACCACCACCCUUUGGACAACGACCAUCGAGUUCUGCGCCCAGGACGCCAAAGCAUCUGAUGGAUCAUGUACACGCAUCCCAUAAUAAAACCUCCUCAAGAAACUCUAAUAACUCGUCCACUCGAAGCAAGCUCCAAACAAUGGACAUGAUUCAGAAAGCAGAAAAAAGCCGAAUAUCAUCGUGGUCAAAGACUUUCAAGCAAGUCUUGAAUUAUCUUCCGCGAAGGCAAAAAACAGAAUCAAAUCACGAAGACACACCCCAAGUUGGGCAUGUCGAUACCGAUCGCGAAAACCGGAGAAGUCCUACGAAUAUCUUUCAAACGGGGAGAGCAGCCCAUGGUGAAAACCAAUCAAUUACGUCGGACGUUUUCACAAGGGAGACAGAGCGCUCGACCCCAAAACCACCAACAUCCGUUUUGUCCAAUGCCAGUUCUUCCAUCGAGAAGCCUCGCUUGCCUCUUAAAGUAGCAACAACGCCACUCACCACUUUAAAGGAGUUUCAUUGCACGUUCUGCCUGAUCCAAUGUGAAGACAAGGGAGAUUGGCUCAGGCAUGAAAAAAAUUUCCACCUGGAAGACCUAGAAAACUUCAGCCAACCUUGCAAAGGGAAAGAAGCAAGGCCCGAUGAAACCAACUCCUUGGGUUCGAGGUUGAGCAGAGGUAAAGAUAGCCGCCGGCUUCUAACAAAAUCACAACCCCAAUCAUCCAGCUCCUCUCCCCGCCGCCAGCCUAGCGCACAAAGCGCUGGAGUCAGUGUCUACUCCAAUCAACACAGCGGGCGGUCAGGAGCCGCCAACAUAUUUUGGAAUUGCGGCUUCUGCAACGAACUUCUCCGCUCUUGGGAAGACCGACAGAUCCACCUUGCUGAACAUUUCAGCAACGGCAACACCAUGCGACUGUGGGAUCCCAUGAAAUCACCAUUCCCGUGGCGGAAGGGGUCAGCCAUGCCCGUCGACUCCCCACCAUACUGGGAUCUUCAGUCGCUACUCACAUUACAGCGCCCCACGCUACAAGAUUCCAUAAACCAGAUCGGUACCUCUGCUGACCAGCGGGGAACAGCAGCAAAGCCCUGUAAGCUCUGCCACGUGCUGCACCCCAGCCUCGAGCAUUACGAUCUAUGGCACCAGCCCAGAGACACUUACACGUGUCCGCGGAUCACUGAUUUUACAAACCUUGCCGAUUUCUUCGAUGAGGGUGAGGAUGAACAUGGCGAGCUGGUUGUGGACUGGUGCAAUGCCUGUGACGAGAGGUUCGAUAGGCCCCAUUACCUCGACAGGGACGUGCGCAUGCAGCACUUAUGGGAUUUCCAUGCCUUCGGUGAUUGUGCGGGUUGGCAUAGCUGUCUCGAUGAGGGCCAGUUUGUGUUGCAUCUAGCGAACACACAUGCUGUUAAUAUCGAAUUCAUCAGGAAGCUAGUUCACCGGUGUAGGGGAAUUGGGGAUACGCCAGCAUCGAUGGCGAUGGGCAGCGAUUCAUGA